AUGGCUGAGCCACCGACGACAGUAGACGCGACCGAAAAUCCCGAGAACCAUCCGGGAGAUGCGACCCAGCCUUCCGACGAAAUUCUUGCAGCUCUGCACGCUGUGAACACGGAAACGCACGGGCCUACAGUCGAACAGCAACCCUCUCAGACUUCGCAAAAUGAGCUACCGCCAUCUGAAUAUGAACUCGUGAAGCAGCAUCUCAAGGACAAUCCGCAGGAUAAUGAUCAGUGGCGAAGGCUCAUUGACAUUGCUGAAGAGAGCGAAGACGUGGAGAGAAUCAAGGAAACAUAUGACCUGCUUCUCGAGCAGUUUCCUAACAAUUCUUCAGCCCAAUUAUCAUACCUUCAGCAUUUCUCGACUGACCCCCAAUACUCGCAGACGCUGUUCACACGUUUCUUGUGGUCAUCGCCGUCGGUAGAUCUUUGGACUUUCUACCUGACAUAUGUUAGACGCGUCAAUGUGGGGCCCGCGGCGCGUGGCGUUAUCCAAAAGUCAUAUGAGUUCGCCCUCGCGCACAUCGGACACGACAAGGACAGCGGGUCUAUUUGGAGUGACUACAUUGAGUUCCUCAAGGCUGGAGAGACCUCUUCAACAUGGGAAGAACAGCAAAAAAUGGAUGCUCUCCGCAAAGUGUACCACCGCGCAGUACAGAUCCCACUGGACAACGUUGAGAGAUUGUGGCAAGACCUCGAAGCAUUCGAAAUUAGCCUGAACCGUAUCACAGCCAAGAAAUUCAUGGCGGAUCUGUCGCCUAGCCACAUGCAAGCUCGAACCGUCUUGAGACAACUGCAGAAGCACCUCGGGCCUUUGUUCCCACCUCUUGCGCCCUCCUCCCGCCGUCCGUUGUACUUGCCUUCGCCCCCCUCGUUCUCACCCCCAGACCGCGCCCUCGUAGGCGCCUGGAAAGCAUACCUUAAAUGGGAAGAAAGCAACCCGCUGGAGAUCGAAGAAAAGGACAAGGCGUCUUUGAUCACUCGUAUCCAGUCUGUGUAUCGUAAAGCGGUCAUACGAAUGCGAUACUAUUCGGAAAUAUGGUUCAUGGCAUAUAGUUGGACCGCAUCGGUCGGUAAAGACGAUGAGGCUCUCUCGAUACUCAAAGCCGGCCUCAAAGCCAAUCCAUCCAGUCCGCUCUUGAAUUUCGCCUACGCAGAAGUCCUUGAAGCCAAGGGCGACGUCAAGGCAGUCCAUGAGGUCUACGGCCAAUUAUUGACAUUGCUGCAAAAGGCACUCGAAAGCCUUGAGGCUGCCAACAAGGUCCCGAACUCGCCGACUUCUCCCUCCGGCGACGCGCAAAACGCAUCCACGGUUGGGAACGGCGUACCUGGAUUGUCGGACGCCGGAUUGAAUUCGAAUAACUCGUCUUUCUCCACCGAUGACUCAAAACCCCCGAACGUGAAAGAAAUGAACGAACGCCGGUCCGAAUACGGGGUAGUAUACAUCAUGUACAUGCGAUUCGCUCGCCGCGCGGAGGAAAUUAAAUCCGCGCGAGCUGUAUUCCAACGGGCUCGCAAAGAUCGCUGGGUGCCAUGGGAAGUGUAUGAUGCAUCAGCUCUCAUGGAAUAUCACUGUUCCCAUCAAACGGACGUGUCCCUGCGGAUCUAUGAAAAAGGCUUGGAGCUCUUUGGCAGUGAAGUCGAAUUCGUCCACAGAUACCUGACUUUCUUGAUAUCAAUCAAUGACGAUAAUAAUGCGCGGGCCCUUUUUGAGAGAGUUAUCGGCAACCUUCCGGCAGACAGAGCGAGACCGCUUUGGGAACGAUGGGCGCGUUACGAGUAUCAAUACGGCGAACUUGAAGCCGUACAGAAGCUCGAGAAGCGUAUCGCAGAAGUAUAUCCUAACGGUUCGGUCUUCAUUUUUCUCUGA